AUGACCGAACCACGAUCACCUAGCAACCCUCCCCAUCCAUCUUCCCCCCAGAAGGCUUGGUGUCGGCUGGGUCUUCUCGGACUCAGCAAGCGGCACCCGCCGCUGGUGGAGCACGUCGCAUGCGUUGGUCACAAACAAUCAACGCAAACGCACUGCGGGCGUACUUUAGGGCAAAAAGGGGAAGAAACCGGAUGUUUGGCAUAUCGGGCUCGGAUGCAUCGCUUUUUUGCAGAGCUGGAGCCAUCUCUAUCCGUCACUGAGCAAAACCUGGCAGACCGGGUUCGGUACAUCCUGCGCUCCAACAUAUUUGGUGACGCCGAACUCGAACAACUACGACGUGAGGCUGUUCCCUCAUCGGAUGGAAAUGCUACGGCUGGGAAUGCGGCGCACUAA